UUUUCUCUCUCGCAGACAGGCCACAAAUAAGAUAAAGAAAUGUUUAUGAAGAUUUUAUUCGUAUUUUCGAUUUUCGUAGCAGCAGUUUAUGGUGCUACGAAACUUGACGGAGUUGAUGGGGAUGUGCUUACUCUUGAAUGUGGGUCGGGCUCUUCAAUCGAUGUUAAAUCUGCGUUUUAUGGAAAUAAUAAUGAGCCGGCAUGUGGGGACGCCAACGCAUUGACGACUUUACAGGGAUUAACAGAUGGCAAACAAAGUUACGAUCUAGCGGUGAAUAGCGACACGUUUACUUCAGACUGUGACCUAUCUAGAGAUCAAACGUUUACUAUAAAAUACGACUGUAUAAGUACUUUAUUGACACAAACGUCAAGCCAAGGAGAUACAUCAGCUAUAUCUUGCACCAAUGGCAAAAAAAUAAAAACAAUAAAUGCUGAAUACAAAUUUAAAAGUAAAUGCCUUGACCCUAAUGCACUGACGGUAGUGCAAGGAUUGUGCGAUGAUGAAACCAGCUGUAGCGUUGGAGUUAGUGAUACUGUAUUUGCUAAUAGUGACUGUGAUGCGAACCAACCAGAAACAUUGAGUAUUUCAUACAAAUGCAUUGCUGCAACCGGGCCAGUCUACACACGUUAUGGAGCCAGUGGUUGUUCAGUCACAGCAGCAGUUGUUUACAAAGGUAUCAUGGCUGGGGCUAAGCAUGAUGGCAGCGGAUCAGGAAGUAACUAUCAAUGCCUGACGUCGACUCCGACGUAUGACACUAAAAGCGGUACAGAAAACUCAGAACGAGGAUAUAUAUACGGCAUGGAGAUAAAAUUAGAUACCAUAGACUCUACCUCGGUUAUUGAUAUUAGUAAUGAUGAGAGCACAAUAGAUUGCACAGUCUGCCAAGUUAUCUCGAGUAAAUCUGUAUUUAUGGUAGCCGGUUUGGACACCUGUCCCUCAGGUUACGCUUCAGAGUACGGUGGUUAUUUGGCUUCCGAUUCAACUGACGGUACUACAUCCAAAUCUUACAUCUGCCUAGACAAAGCUGCCAGUUAUGCAGGGGCAACCUCGAACAACCAAGGUCUGCUUUAUUUAACUGAAAUUAGAUGUGGUUCAUUAUCAUGUUCUACGUACACAGAUAAUGCCGAAAUUCCAUGUGUAGUGUGUUCGAGAGCUGUUACUAGUACUUGAACUUGUUAUGCCAUAAGUCCAUGUUUAGUGGUGUGUUUGAGAAAUGUACAUUGAGCUUUUUAUGACGAUAUCGUGUUUAACAUGAAUGGCUAUAACUUAUUAACACUGAAACAUUUUAUUAUAUGUUCUGCAUGAAAAAAAAACUUUUUAUCUAACACAUUUGAAUAUCUAAUUAAAAGAUGUGCAACAA